UCUGCUUUUUUUAUCCGACACUUGCAAGUGACCUCCUUACUGUUCUUCCCCAAUGCGGCAAAGUCAAGUCAACGCGUUUCAACACUCCAAAUUCCACUACACACACACACACGAACCCAUUUUCAUGGCGUAAGUAAUUUCACCUCAAAAUCAGAAUGUUUGUGGAGCAGGUAGCACAGCAUUUCGUGGGCCCUCAUCCAUCUUAUCUUACCCAACAGUUUUGCAUAUAAAAAGAGAAGUUCGAUUUUUUAUGAUGAAUAAUACACUUCCCUUUGCCUGUUUUGGCAUCUCCAGUCUAAAAUCUUUGGGUAAAAAGUACAAAAUUUGACCAGUUUUUGUGUUUUCAAAGGGUAAUUCCGGUAAACUGUGAAAAAAAAAAUACCCAUCUUCUCUUUUUUUCAUCUUUUUGUUGUGAAAAUAAGUUCAUAAUCCACACCAGAUGUAUUAAUAACACAGAGACAUCUAUCUGUGUGUGAAAACACCAUUUCUGGUAUAUCUGAUUUUUUUUUUUUUUAUAAAUUAUGGGGUGAGCCCGUUUCUUUUUCCUUUUUAUGUUUUUAUUGAAUCUUUUAAGGGGAAAAUCCAAAACCCACAUGAUUUUGGUACAAUUAUAUGUACAUAUAUAAGGGUAUUUAUGGUAUGAUUUGUAAGAAAUUUCAAAUUUUACAUGAACCCAUUUCGUUUUUUAUUCUAUCUUUAAGGAAAAAAGAUCCCAUAAAUCCACAUCAUUUUCUGCAAGCAUAUGCAUACAUAUCUGUUUUUGUAGGAGCGUGUUCUUUCUUUCUGUUUCAAAAGGGUAUUUCUGGUAAAAUUAUUUCAUAAAAGUUUCAAUAUGGUGAAUCAUUUCCUUUUCAACUGUUCUUCCAGAAAACAAAAGGGUAUUUCUGUAAGCAUAUGAAUCUUCCAGGAUACAAAAAUCCAAAAAAAAAUCCACAUCCUUCUGAUACAAAAUACAGAAAGUAUCUAUUCUUUCUCUUUGAGAAGGGUACUUUAGUAAUUCACCAAACGAGUUUCAAAUUUCUAAGAAGAACCCAUUUCCUUUUUUCACAUUCUUAUUAAAUUUGACUAAAAAAUCCACCCCAUUUUGCUCAAUUAUAUAUGUAUGUAAGCUUCAUACUUUGAAAUCUCUCAUGGGAUUCUCAUCAAGGGUUAAUGUUCUUCUCUUCCUUUUAGUAAUCUUUCAGCAAAAAUGGUUUGUGUUGGGCAUUUCAAGGAGCAAGGUUCAUAUUGUUUAUAUGGGACAUAAUACUCUCAAUGAGCCAAUGCUUCUUCAGGAUACACACCAUGGGAUCCUCUCUCAAAUACUUGGAAGCAAAGAAGCUGCAAAUAGAUCAAUUUUGUAUAGCUACAAACAUGGCUUUUCCGGCUUUGCUGCGGUAUUAACCCCAACUCAGGCAUCAUUGGUUGCAGAUUUACCAGGAGUUGUACAUGUGAUUCCUAAUAGAAUUCUUAAGCUUCACACGACACGGAGUUGGGAUUUUCUCGACAUUAAGACUCGUUUGGUCAAUGGUAUACUCUCCAAAGGUCAAUCGGGUGUUGGAUCAAUCAUUGGUGUCUUUGAUAGUGGGGUAUGGCCGGAAUCUAUAAGCUACAACGAUGCCGGAAUGAAGCGGAUUCCAUCACGUUGGAAAGGCGUAUGCGAUGAAGGAGAACACUUCAAUAAGUCCAACUGCAAUAGAAAAAUCAUUGGUGCGCGUUGGUAUAUCAAGGGAUACGAAGCUGAAUUCGGAAAACUAGACACAAGCGACGGCUCAGAAUUUCUAUCGGCGCGUGACGCAUACGGCCACGGCACACACACGUCCUCAACCGCCGCCGGAGCUCCGAUAACGGACGCAAGUUUCUUUGGGCUAGCCCAUGGGGUAGCCCGAGGUGGCUCACCGUCGUCUCAAAUCGCCAUAUAUAAGGUUUGUUGGGCAACCGGUGGUUGCAGCUCAGCCGAUAUCCUUGCCGCCUUUGACGACUCAAUUCGCGACGGCGUGGACGUGAUCUCGGCCUCUUUGGGUUCUACACCACCGUUUUCGACCUACGUUGAUGACCCGUUGGCUAUUGGAUCGUUUCAUGCGGUGGCGCGUGGGAUAACUGUGGUUUGUUCUUGUGGGAAUACCGGGCCGUAUCCUCAAACGGUGGCUAACACCGCUCCAUGGAUUAUAAGUGUAGCUGCUAGCACCAUUGAUAGAGCUUUUCCGACGUUGAUUACACUUGGAAACAAUCAAACUUUUGUGGGUCAAGCUUUCGUUACAGUGAAAGAUUUUCACAGGUUUUAUCCUCUCGUGUAUGGUGAAGAUAUUGUAGCUGAUGAUGCAGAUGAGGAGGAUGCAAGAAGUUGUGAAGCGGGAUCACUGAAUGCGAGUUUAGCCGAAGGCGCAAUCGUUCUAUGCUUCCAAUCCCGGACCAAAAGCUCCGCCGCUUUGACCGCCGGAAAUGUGCAAGAUGUCGGUGGCGUAGGGAUCAUAUUUGUCCAGUAUCCAACCAAAGAUGUCACUUUGACUUUCGCAAUCCCAUGUGUUCAAAUUGACUUUACCAUUGGAACCUCUAUAGUCACUUACAUUGAAUCAAACAGUAAUCCGGUUGUGAAGAUCAGUGGCACAAGAACAGUCAUCGGAAAACAAACAUCGCCGGAAGUUGCAUUCUUCUCAGCCAGAGGACCAAGUUCAUUGUCUCCAACAGUACUCAAGCCGGAUAUAGCUGCUCCGGGGGUUAAUAUAUUGGCAUCAUGGUCUCCGGUUGCUUCUUCUUCAUUAGUCAACGGUCAAACUAAAGUUUCAUCACUCAACUUCAAAAUAGAAUCGGGGACUUCCAUGGCCUGCCCGCAUAUCUCGGGCAUCGUUGCUCUUCUCAAAUCUUUAUAUCCAACAUGGACUCCGGCAGCAAUAAAGUCUGCCCUGGUCACCACAGCCUCUAUAGAGGAUGAAAAUGGUCAGCCUGCAAUUGCAGAAGGGGCUCCACACAAGCAGGCUGACCCUUUCGACUAUGGAGGGGGUCAUGUGGACCCCAACAAAGCAAUAAAUCCCGGUCUCAUAUACAAUAUGACAACCAAAGAUUAUAUCCAUUUCCUUUGUGCCAUGGGAUACAAUGACACCGCUGUUAGCUCAUUAGCCAACUCGCACUCUCCUUGCCCUAAAAAAACCAACUUCCUAAAAAACCUUAAUCUUCCAUCAAUCUCGAUUCCCGAGUUACAAAAAACCACGACAGUAUCAAGGAUUGUGACGAAUGUGGGCCCUACUGGUUCUCGUUAUGUGGCACGUAUUGAAGCCCCAGCUGGCACACGUGUUAUGGUGGACCCAUCGAUCUUGUUCUUUAAUUCUACGAAUACUAGACUAAAGUUUAAAGUGACAAUUUGUCCAUUGGUGAAGGUGCAAGGGAGGUUUUCUUUUGGGAGUUUGUUGUGGGAAGAUGGGGUUCAUGUUGUGAGAACACCGUUGGUGGUUCGUGUUGUUGUUAAGAAAUCGUAUUCUCAGAUAUGAUUUGUAUGUUUUUGAUAUAUUUUUUUUAAUCGAUCUUUUGUAGUAUCUAAAUAAAGAAGAGAAGGUCGAUUUAUUUGUGUACGGGAAGUAAAUAUACCACAUCAUGUGUAAGAAAUGUUAGAAUCACUUAUUUGUGUGUUCGGUAUAUUCGGUUUCAAAAGUUUGGUUGUGAUAUAACAAUGUAUAAAAAUACACAAUGCAAAUC